AUGUUAGUUGCAAAUGAGCAGCUAAAUCGAAAGAAGUCCUCAGGCGAUUUGGCUCAUCAAAAGCGAGUGCACUUCGACACGUCGAGCGCCAGUUUGGUCAACGAAAUUACAACGGCAAUUAAGGUCUACGCAUACGGCGUGGAAGAUUUUAUAAACGACCCACGCAACAUAAAUCGGUCGCUUAAUACUCAGCUAUCUUGCGAAGGCGUUGGAGCGGCACGCUGGGAUACGGGAGAUCGUUUCUUUCGAUAUCUCCGCAACGUAAGCGUCGAAACGGAGGCGGGUAAACCAAACAUCGAAUUCACGCAAGACGGCGUUCUUCGUGCGGCGGAACUUAAGAUUAUGAAUUUGAGGCCGGGGAUAAGUAAACAGCUCGUUUGGGAGGAGAUUGGGGUAUGGAAGUCGUGGCAGAAAGAGGGUUUGGAUAUAAAGGAUAUCGUUUGGCCUGGCAACAGUCACACGCCUCCACAAGGAGUUCCAGAGAAGUUUCAUCUUAAAAUCACGUUUCUGGAAGAACCGCCGUACAUCAGUCUAUCGCCGCCGGAUCCGGUAACUGGAAAAUGCGCUAUGGAUAGGGGAGUUUCGUGCCGGAUUGCAUCGGAUGCAGAAAUUACCGAGGUGGAUAUGACCCUAGCGCACAGGAAUGGAAGCUAUUAUCAGUGCUGUGCGGGAUUUUGUAUAGAUCUCCUCGAGAAAUUUUCCGAGGAACUGGGAUUUACGUACGAAUUGGUGCGGGUUGAGGAUGGACGCUGGGGUACGAACGAGAACAGCAAGUGGAACGGUCUAAUCGCCGAAUUAGUUAAUAGAAAGACCGAUAUGGUGAUGACUUCCUUGAUGAUCAACGCUGAAAGGGAAGCAGUGGUGGAUUUUAGCGUUCCAUUUAUGGAGACCGGGAUUGCAAUCGUCGUUGCGAAACGAACGGGUAUCAUUUCGCCUACCGCCUUUCUGGAACCUUUCGAUACGGCAUCGUGGAUGCUUGUCGGGGUUGUGGCGAUACAGGCGGCUACAUUUACAAUAUUUCUUUUCGAAUGGUUAUCGCCGAGUGGAUUCAACAUGAAGCUUUCGCUGAAGCAGGUAAAGAGUUCGCCAUCUGCAUCGCAUCGAUUUUCUUUAUUUCGAACGUAUUGGCUAGUGUGGGCCGUGCUUUUUCAAGCGGCCGUACACGUCGACUCUCCGAGAGGCUUUACGGCGAGAUUUAUGACUAACGUUUGGGCCAUGUUCGCUGUCGUCUUCCUUGCCAUAUACACUGCCAAUCUUGCGGCGUUCAUGAUUACGAGAGAGGAAUAUUUCGAAUUUUCUGGAUUGGACGAUCAUCGUCUAUCCAGGCCGUUCUCCAAUAAACCGCCGACCUUGCGAUUCGGAACGAUCCCUUGGUCACACUCGGACUCGACGAUCGCAAAAUAUUUCAAAGAUAUGCACUCGUAUAUGAGAUUAUACAAUAAAAGUACAAUACUAGAAGGUGUAGCUGCGGUUUUAAAUAGCGAACUAGAUGCUUUUAUUUACGACGGAACGGUAUUAGAUUAUUUAACCGUUCAAGACGAAGACUGUAGAUUACUGACGGUAGGAUCCUGGUACGCGAUGACAGGAUACGGUCUAGCAUUCCCCCGCAAUUCCAAAUAUCUUAAGAUGUUCAAUAAAAGACUGCUCGAUUUUAGGGAAAACGGCGACCUCGAGCGUUUGCGAAGGUACUGGAUGACGGGCACCUGUAAACCUGGCAAGCAAGAGCAUAAGAGCUCGGAUCCAUUGGCGCUAGAGCAGUUCUUAUCUGCCUUUCUCCUGCUGAUGGCCGGAAUAUUACUGGCAGCGCUUUUGCUUUUUCUCGAGCACCUCUACUUUAAGUACGUGAGGAAGCAUCUCGCCAAAACUGAUCGGGGAGGUUGUUGCGCCCUGAUCAGCUUGUCGAUGGGUAAAAGCCUAACGUUUCGCGGUGCCGUUUUCGAAGCUCAAGAUAUACUUAGAAACCAUCGUUGCCGCGACCCAAUAUGUGAUACUCAUCUGUGGAAGGUGAAGCGAGAACUUGAUCUGUCGCAGAUGAGGUGCAAGCAGCUCGAAAAGGAAUUGGAGUCGCACGGAAUUAAGCCGCCGCCACAAAAACAGCAUCCUCAACGUAGCACCAAUUGUCUUAAGUCCUGCUUAAGUUCUUCGUCUGAUUCCUCAGAAGUGGUUAUAACGGCAGAGAAGGCGCGUGCGAGGUUAAAGAGUUUAAAUAUUGAUCAGAUGGGAAGCAAUACAGAUUUAUUUAGUUCUCCAACUGAAAUAGCAGAAAUGGAAACUGUUCUGUGAUGUACUUUCAACGUGAAAAGGAGCAACACCAAUCAUCUGUGUUAUCCUAUUACCCUAACAUAAGUAAAACUCUUAUGAUUGUGUGCCAAUUGUUAUCUAGUGUCAACCGAAAAAGAAACUCUAAAGGACUACAUGUACAUUUUUAUUUAAAAUACACCCCCUAUUGACAGGCUCAUGACAUUGUGUAGAUAGUCUGUUGGCUUUUCGGUUAUAUCGUUAUGACGAAAAAUGUUACAUAGGUAAAAUUAUAUGCACGUCGGGGUAUGGUUUUAAUUCGUCUCUCCGAUGUAAUACUUUCUUUUUUAAUAUACGUGGAACACUGAAAGCUUUAAUAGUAAUAUAGAUAUUUUUACCAAAAAGACCUACGUAACAUUUUGAUUCCGGUAUUGUUGUUGCUAAAAUGUUGUUGCUGUUAUUGUUGAUGUUAUCACUCCAUUCUCAUAGUAUAUAAUAUGUAAAUCGGUAGAUAGAAUUGCGAUUCAUAAUUUUACAUAAGGUAUUCAACUGAUUAAUUAUAAAUCUACCGCAGUAGAUGAAUCGAUCUAUCUUUUCUACUAAUUAAUUAACAUUUUCUCACUAUACACUAACAAGAGUGCAUUUCUUUGUUUUCUUGUAACGAAUUUCACAGGGUUUCGACCUUUUUUUUGCGCUUAAUAGACACGUUGCCGAAGGAUCCACGUCCUAAUGCAGGUAAACGUACUAACUAAUUUGUAAGUAUUAACACCUCACCCUGAAAAUUAAGUGGCUGGAAUCUCGCUCUGCGAACACCGUGAUUUAAUAGCUUUAAAUCAACUUAAAAUCGUGACUUUUUUAUUAGCCUUAGAAAAUGUAAAUAAUUUCUUGAAGGCAGUGUGAAAUUCGUUUUUGCUGGAUUGAUUUCGACCAAUUCAAUUAGCGGCCUAAUAUUAAUUUGCGAGGUGGAGAUAAUACAAAAAAAUGUUAGGCUAAGUGUGUUUCUUGAUAUUCAACUAUACUUAUUGGGACUUUUUUCUCUUUCACAUUAGGUACGUCACAACAUAUCAUUUUGAAUAAAAGAGAAAUGCAUUUGGCUAGAUCGUGUUCUGUUCUGUUAGUCUUUUCUGUAAUACAAAUUUGAUUUAAUAACAAAACUUUGUUUAACAUCUGGGUUUAUGUAGUUAUUAUAGGAUCAAACAGGUAUGCGAUGUAUGUACUUGUUAUUCCAUAAUUCAGUAAGUAUCGAUGUGACAAACGUCUGCUGUUCAAUAACAUUAACAUUUAAAGAAUACUGUAAAUAGUAUUGCAAUAAAUAAAUUAAUUAAAAGAGUCAAUAAAUCAUAAUAUAAAUGUAUUAAUAUUCUUUUAUUAAAUACAAAGGCACUAAAGCAACAUUUAAAAACAAGUUUAAAUUCCUUCUCGCUAAUUUUCCUCUUUUUUUACGUAUGUAUCAGAAAUGGUUUUGACUUUUCUAAUGCACAAGGUGAUUAAAUAAUUUGAAAUACAGUUCUUUUAAUCAUUUUAUUCAAUUUCUUUUUUAGAGUCAACUGGCGACAAUUACCAUGACCAUACUGGAGAUAGCACAGGGCCUAUCCAUCAUCUGAAAUUUUGCAAGGUACUUUGUUGUGAGGGUCUAAACACCCUCUGACACCCUAGCGUAGAGGCGUUGAGCCCGUCACCGCAAAAUCACCCCCUAAGUGGGGUAAAAUCUACCUUUUUUCACAUUUUUCUUAAUAACUCCAAAGCAUUUUAAUAAGAAAAAAUGUCAAGGGAUAAAAAUUGUAGAGAAGAAAAUUUCCUACCAUAUAUGUACGUCAAAUUUUUUAGAUGUACAGUGGCGCAGAUUUCAGCAACUCAUUCAACUACUUAAUCGAAAUAGUAUAGUAAUUCCUAAUAUUAGGUACUAUAAAACGCCGGAAACUGUUCACUUAGGUUGCCUACAACAUGAUGAAUUCAAUGCUGCCUGAAAGGGGUCUUCGAUGUGAUCCCCCGUAACUGUAAGCAACGACCCCCACCGCAAUCGUGAAUACGUGAAUUACGUACGUUUUUGCUCUUUCUGAAUUUUUAAAUAUGUUAUUAAAUUCUUUUUCUGAGGCCACAUUUAUUUUAAUCAAAGCAUACCAAAUAUUCAUGCACCAAGAUCGUUCGAAAAUAGACCA